AUGGACAGCAUAGUCGGAAAGCCUAAAGUCUGGCUGCAGCGGCAGCCACGCCAGCGACGGAUUGCAAUGGCACUUGUGCGGCUGGAGAGCCGAUUUCUGUGGACGUGCCUGUUGGCCGGAGCAACGACACUGCUUCUAGCGAGCCAGUGGCUGACGCUGCCGAUCGGGACAUCUCGCCAUGAUGGCAGCGCACCAGUGGCCGGACAGCUGCCCAUCUCGCCCGAGGAGCUGGCAUACGGGCUGGCGCAGUGCGAGCGCAACGGGCAGCGACCGGUAGUGGACUACGGGUUGGCGGAAGCUCGGCUGGCGCAGCUGCAGCCAGGAAAGCGCACGGUUCUGCGCAAUGCCACGCUGCUAGACGGAGACGGGACGGAGACGGCGGGCGUGACGAUCACGAUGCAAGGAAGCCUGAUUGUGUCCGUGCGGCCGACGAGCGAGGCCGACGAAGAUAUUGACACAGAGGCAGACACGAUCGUUCAGCUGGAUGGCCGCAUCGUCACGCCUGGACUGGUGGACGCGCACUCGCACGCGGGCGUGCGCGAGACGCCGCAGCUGUGGUCGACGGAGGACGUGACAGAAAUCUCAUCGGCAGCGACGCCAUGGGCGCGAGCGAUUGACGGUCUGAAGCCGCAGGACCAGGCGCUUGGCGUGGUGGCCAGCGGUGGCGUGACGACAUCGCUGGUCCUGACGGGGGCCAAGAACUUGAUCUCAGGCGAGGGCGUGGUGAUUAAGAUGAAGGGCGGGGCGGCAUCGGUGCGCGAGAUGCUUGUGGAGGACGUGGCCGGCAGCGGUGUCGGCGGCUGGCAGCCGGCCAACAGCUCGCUGGCCAAGCCACAACGCUAUCUCAAGAUGGCCAUGGGCGAGAACCAGAAGCGGCAGUUCCAGGGGCAGCCGGGCGGGCCUUCGACCCGGCUGGGCUCGUCUUUCUGGGUGCGCCGGGUGUUUGAAGAGGCCCGGACGUUGAUGCAGGAGCAGGACCGCUGGUGCAGAGCGUAUGGAAGUGAGGCUGGUGAUCGUUCGGGUGACGAUCUCAGCCACAUGCACAGCCACACUCUCGACCACACCUCCCACACAGCCACCCACACGCCUACACGCCCCUACCCUUCGUCGAUCGAGCGUCAGACGUUGGUGGACGUGCUGCGCGGUGACAUCCGCGUGAACGCCCACGGCUACGAGACCGAGGACCUGCUCGCCACGUUGGACCACGCGGACGAGUUCGGCUUUGGCCUGACGGCCUGGCACCACGCCCUACACGCGGACGUGGUGCUGGACGAGCUGCGGCGCCGUGACAUCGCCCUGGUCGCCUUUAGCGAUUCCUGGGGCGACAAGAAGGAGCUGUACCGCGUCAGCUCGCGCUUCCCGGCACGCGUGGUUGCGGCCGGCGGUGUGCCCCUGGCCCUCACGCGUGACCAUCCGGCACUCCACGGCCAGUUUCUGCUGUACGAGGCACAGAUUGCCCACCACUUUGGCCUGGACGGUACACAUGCUCUAGCCGCCAUCAUGGCCGUGCCAGCACGUCUGCUGGGCCUGGAUCACCGCGUCGGCCACGUGCGGCCCGGCUACGAUGCUGACGUGGUCGUCUGGGAUCGCCACCCGCUUCGUGUCGGCGCUGCGCCGUUGCAAGUGUUUAUCGACGGCCGCUCGGCUGUGCGGGCGAGCGAUUCACUUUGGACGGAGUCACUUUCAUAUGUCGGCAGUGCUCCGGGGAGCCGGAAGGAGGUGGAGGUGGAAGUGAACGAGCUGAACGACAUCCAUGAUACCCAGAACAUCCAGGACACGCACAACACCCCGCUGCCUCAUCUAAAUAGCCUAAGUCAGAUGCCUCUUAGCUCUCCCCAUCUCAUCAUCCACGGCAUCUCGACUAGCUUCCUCGCCGCCGACGGAAACCGCUUGCCAACUCCCCUCUCCGGCUCCAACCUGACGGCUGUCAUCCGCGAUGGUCGUCUCGUCUGCAUCGGCGACUCUGCUGUGUGUUUCGAGUCUAUUCAAGCCCUCCACACCCUGAAUGCCCCCCUCGUUCAUGUUCACGAUGGUUACCUGCUUCCCGGCCUCACUAUCCUGACCAAGCACCAUGGCCUCGUCGAGAUGGUCCAGGAGCCUUCCACGACCGACGGUCAUGCCACCGGUGACAACUGGGACGCCGCCCACCACCCGCCCGAGACCCGCCAUGGGCUCAAGUUUGACGGUCUCCAUCUCGGCCGUGCCCAUCGCGCCGGCAUCACCCGCAUCGUCACCCCGCCGCUCUCACACGGCUUCUUCCACGGCAUCAGUGCCCGCUUCCGCCCCGGCGCCACCAGUGUGCUCGAUGAUAACGCUGUAUCAGACUCGCAGGUCGCCCUGCACUUUACCAUUGGUCAUGAGGGAAAGAGCCCCCGGACGCCCUCCAUCUCUGCGCAGAUCGGCACUUUGCACGACCUUCUGGUCCAGCCGGAUUCCGUGGGCGCCCACCCGGUGUUUGCGCGGGCUGCACGCGGCGAGCUGCCGGUGGUCGUGCACACGCAGAACAAGGAUGUGAUCGGCCACGCGGUGGCUCUGCAGCGCGCCGUGCCGGCUGCCCGCAUCGUCAUCGCCGGCGGCGCUGAGGCGCACCUGCUGGCAGCCGAGCUGGCGGCAGCACGCGUGCCGGUGCUAGUGGCACCUUUCUGGGGCUGCGAGCCGCUCGGCUGGGACGCCCGGCACUGCCUGCCGGGGCCGCCGCUGGUCGACCGCUGGGGCCCGCAGGUGCUGCUCGAUGCAGGCGUCAUCGUCGGCAUCGCCAGCUGGGAUGACGCGAACAACCACGUGCGCAACAGCCUCUGGGAGGCCGGCUGGCUCGCUAGCCCCUACCACAACCUCUCCGUCGCCGUCGACCUGUUGUCGCGCAACGUCGAGAUCGCCCUCGGCCUCCCUCCCUCGGCCGACCUGCUGCUCUACGAGAGCAACCCGUUCGAGUUUGGUGCUCGCGUCGCCCUCACCGUCGAGGCUGGCCGCGUCCGUACCUUCUUCCCCGACCCCGACGGCGACGAUGAGUAA